AUGGUCUCACUCGAGUAUGUCUCGAAGCUGCUCCCGUCGAAAAGCCUACGCAAGCUGGCCUCAGACCGUUUGACUGUCAACAUGCAAUGGAAGCUACAGACACCGGUACCCUUGAUUCUAGAGAGCAGCGAGCUUUCCCCUGGUACACCACUCAUAGGGGAAGCCAUACUCGACACGAGGAAAGAUUUAGACAUCAAGAUAUUCCACCUAACGUUGCGCCUCCAUCGCCACUACAAGAAACCCCUUCGUUCCAACUGCCCUGACUGUGCUCACGAUUAUGUUCAGCUUCAAAGGUGGACGUUCGUUCAAAGCGAAAUCCUGUCAGCCAAUGGAAAAUAUCCCUUCAUGUUCACUGCGCGGCUUGACAACGACACGCCUCCUUCGGUGACCACACCUCUGUUGGACCUGACGUACGAACUGACUGCAGAGCUCAUUCUAGCCACUGGAGAGCCCGUUGUCUGGAAACACAGGCUCGAAGUGAAACGUUUACUAUACCGACCCGAAAUUCUUCGUGUCAUUUCUCUAGCAAUUCCAGGAACCCCGCUAAACGCGCGUUUGUCGUCGGAACAAAUUAUCAGACUGAACAAGAAAACUCAGGUAGACUUUUCUCUCUCGAAAAGUAGGCACGGACAAGGAGGUGAGAUCUACGCAUGGGAAGCAAUGGGAGUGGAGUGGAGGCUUGAAGAGCGCGUAGAGGCCCCACUAGGUAUUUGUGAGCGACACGCGGACCAAGACGAGAGCGAGUCUAGCAGGCAAAGGCAAAGCGUCUCUCACACAAUAGCAAAGGGACGGCCUCGCAACGAAUGGAAGGUCUUCCAGAGUGAUCAAGAGACGACUUCAACGCUGAGUUUCGAGUAUGGCCCGAUCGCGAAGAUGAUUCCAAAACGCCAUAAGUCAUGCGCGUGCGAAGAAGCCUCGAACAGCACCCUCAGGAUUUCGCACGACUUUGUCCUGGAAGUUUCGUUGUCAGCAGUAACAAUGACAUUUGAUAAGACCGCUGAUACUGCAGCCUCUAACAGUUCUCGAAUUAUAAGAAUUCGUCGACCUGUCAUCAUCACAGAGUGCCAAGAUAAUACUUUCGAUAAUGUUUUUGAGAACCUUGGCGAAGUGUUACCGGUGUAUACAAGGGUCGAGUCUGAUUUACCCGUCUACUUUGUAUGA